UGCCUCCUAAACCGGUGAAGUCUGCGGCUCCAGCAGCUGCCAGCACUUUCAACAACAGCAUCUCCCUGCAGGACGCCGAGUGGUACUGGGGAGACAUUUCCAGAGAGGAAGUGAACGAGAAGCUGAGAGACACAGCUGACGGCACGUUCCUGGUUCGAGACGCCUCCACUAAGAUGCACGGAGAUUACACUCUGACUCUGAGGAAAGGAGGCAACAACAAACUGAUAAAGAUCUUCCAUCGGGAGGGCAAGUACGGCUUCUCCGACCCCCUAACCUUCAGCUCGGUGGUGGAGCUCAUCAACCAUUACCGCCACGAGUCCCUCGCCCAGUACAACCCCAAACUGGACGUCAAGCUGCUGUACCCGGUCUCCAAACACCAGCAGGACCAGGUGGUGAAGGAGGACAGCAUCGAAGCUGUGGGGAAGAAGCUCCACGAGUAUCACCUGCAGUACCAGGAGAAGAACCGCGAGUACGACAGACUGUACGAAGAGUACACCAGGACCUCACAGGAGAUCCAGAUGAAGAGGACGGCCAUCGAGGCGUUCAACGAGACCAUAAAGAUCUUCGAGGAGCAGUGUCAGACUCAGGAGCGCUUCAGCAAAGAGUACAUCGAGAAGUUUCGUCGGGAGGGAAACGACAAAGAGAUCCAGAGGAUCAUGGAGAACUACGAGAAGCUGAAGUCUCGGAUCAGCGAGAUCGUGGACAGUAAGCGACACCUGGAGGUGGACCUGAAGAAACAGGCCGCCGACUACAGAGAGAUCGACAAGAAGAUGAACAGCAUCAAACCGGACCUGAUCCAGCUCCGCAAGACCAGGGACCAGUACCUCAUGUGGUUGACCCAGAAGGGAGUUCGUCAGAGGAAACUGAACGAGUGGCUCGGCCUGAAGAACGAGACCACAGAGGAUGAGUACAGCAUGGUGGAGGAUGAGGAGGACCUUCCUCACCACGAUGAGCGUCUGUGGCGUUUAGGAAACAUCAACCGCACUCAGGCCGAGUCGCUGCUCCGCGGGAAGAGGGACGGGACUUUCCUGGUCCGAGACAGCAGCAAGCCGGGCUGCUACGCCUGCUCUGUGGUUGUGGACGGAGAGGUGAAGCACUGCGUCAUCAACAAGACCGGCACCGGUUUCGGUUUCGCCGAGCCCUACAACCUGUACGGGUCUCUGAAGGAGCUGGUGCUGCACUACCAGCACACCUCGCUGGUGCAACACAACGACUCGCUCAACGUCACGCUGGCCUUCCCCGUCUACAGCCAGCAGAGACGGUGACCCGCCUCAACACCACGAGCCGGUCUCACCGAAACGGAACCAGUACCGCGACCACAGCAGACAACGACCCGUCCUGGUGCUGCAGAUCACAUGAUCAAAACAACCAAUCCAGUUCACUGAAGACUAAGCUUUAUGUUUUAGUGCUUUGUUACGUCCCGUAUAUGAACAUUUAUUGUGAAAGUCUUCACGUGGAGCUUUAGGAACUUCCCGGGAGAAAAACAACCUGCAGCUCCUCCUGAUUAAAGCUGCAGCUGAAAACAUGUCCAGAUGGUUUGGUGCCGAAGAUCAACACAUUUCAAGGUCGGAUCACACGGGAACCUCUGUUUGUUUUUCACCACCAAGUAUCGAUCACAUUUUUGACUGAAACAACGCCGUUCACCUUGAGCGUUGGCAGAGACACACUCGCCUGUCUGUGUGCCGCUGAGGUUCAGUAACGACAUCACAACAGUUUGGUUUUUGGUUCCUUACUUUCUGAGGAAACGGAUUUGAUUUAGGACUUCAGCUUCUCAACUUUAAAAACACGUCUCCUGUUGUUUCUCCAACACGCAGAAUGUUUCUUUAACAUCAAGUGAAGCUUCGAGUUUGAUCAGCCGGAUCCUCUGCGGCUCAAUCAUCGACAGCUCCUCAAUCUACUAUGAGUUUGCAAGAUGGCCGCCUGCACCCUCAAACAAUAAAAAGUUACUUUUUUUUUGGGUCUCCUGAGGCGUUGAAGCUGAAUCAGGAUGUGAAGUUGCUCUGUAAAGUUAGUUUUCCCCUGAAGGAGCUUUGAUGGGAUCAGUCAUUUUGAUGAGCGGAGUUUGAACAGACUCUCCAGGCUCGUUCAGAAACGUGUCCCGUGUGAACCCGACCUCAGACGUGUCCCCUUUUUUUGUUUUUUUUUCAUUUCUGCUUCCUGUCUGUGGAGACUCGAGGUACUGAACUGGUCAGAGCUAGGACUCUUGAAUCAUGACACUGUGGCGCUGAUCCAGCACGCCUCAGCAGGACAGAACCACGACUGGACUCUGAGACUGUAACUGUGGACUGAUGAUGAUGUCAAAGACACAAUGGCGGACAAUCUUGAAAGACUUAUUCUUGCAAAACACUGUGUGACUGAACGAGGUUUAAAAUGAGGGCGACUCGACCGACCCGCAUUUUUCCAUCAGGAAACCUGCUUCAUCCAAAGACUCAACCCCCCCAGAACAUCCCAUCAGCAGCGUUCUUCAAGGUCCCGUUUCUUCAGGUUUCUAAGGAUUUGUUUGGUUUGCCGCCUCAGAGUGUCGUUUAAUUUCGCCGAGAAGACGGACGCAUGAUUCUUGUACUCUUUAAUUUCACUAAGAAUAAGAUUUACUGGCGCUGGAACUGGAUCUCUCUGGAUCUGCUCAGAGGAUUUCCAGUUUCAUGGACGGUAAAACGCCUGUAAAGAAACAUAAAAAGAUAAAAAGCUGAAUCACGAAGUUUCGUCUUUAUGGAUUAUUUUUCUCUUUGUGCUUUAAAGACAUUAAACUUCCUUUUUUAAAGAGAAACCAGGUACAGGAGGUGAAACUGUCUGCAGGUAUCACAUCUGUUGUCGACCACCUGGUAACUUCAUCAGCCUCGAGCUUUUGUUCCUCCACACUUUUUGGUCGCUUUGGAAAUCAACACGUUGCUAAAUGUUUUGGAAACGUCCUGAAUAGUUGGAGCUCUUUAUUUCGUUUCUCCAGAUGUUGCCUGAAACAGCUGUUAGACUGAAAACUGAGUGAUUCCUCCGUCACUGAAACCAAACUAGUGAACCCAAACAAACAUCUGGAACAUUACACAGUAAAGUAGGAAUAAAAACUGUUGGUCUGAACGUCUGAAGGCUUUUACACCGUGAGAAACAUCUGGCUUUGUUCAAAUGACCCAGAGAAUCAGCUGAAAUCUGAAGAUUCAAAAAUAAGAUGUUUCCUUCAUUUCAUCAGUGAGCUUCGUGUAUCAGACGUUCGUUACCAGCCUCAUAUUUGAGAUUUUUGCACUGAUGAUCAUAUUUAAUCUCAAAGAAAUGGGCCUCAUCUUUGGUCAGUGUGAAUCAAAUUAAAACCCUACUACUAAAAACUGUCAUUUCUAAUCACUUGGUUCACAAAUUGUCUGUUCCUCAGAGCCCAAGUUUUUGUGAACAUAAAUUACUUCAUAACCUUUUUAGAAGAAUGUAAUUUAUAUAUGAAUUCAACACAAAUGGCUCCAGGAGUGAGCCCUGAGGAACUCCACGAGUACGUUUAAGAUGGACUGUUUUAUGUUUUAGUCCAGCGGUGGGGUUUAAUUCUCUGCUUUAAAUGAUAAUUUGUGCAAAAAGUCUCAAAUAUCAAGUUGAUUUGCUUGUAAGAAACAAACUGGAGUCGUUUCACUGCAGAUGAAAAAAAUGUCAAGGUUAUUAACAAACUGGAUUCUUCAGGUUCAGGAUGUUUCAGGCUUAUUUGUGUUUUUGGUUUUUAUUACUACGAGUUCUUGUCUUUACUGGGUGAAAAGAUCCUAAAAUCUUAUUUUGUUUUAGUUAAACGUGUUUCUGGCCUAAAAGUACAUUAUACACAUCUCAAACAAUAUUCCCAUAAAUCCAGCUGUAGUUUGAUGGCAAAAUUACUUUUAGGGAGUAUUUUUGUUUUUAUUUACUACAUUUGCUUUAAUGACCAUUAAAAAUUAUUUUAUGUUUAAUUCUUUCUACAUUUUUCCAUUUUCUGACUCUUUUGUAUCCAGUGUGGCUGAAAUAUAUUAAUAUUAACAGGAUCAAGAGAAACACUGGCUUUAUUUUAGGUUCUCCAACUUUGUUUCAGCUUCGGGCCAGUGGUUCUUUCAAAAUGUUAAUUUUUCAUAACCACGCUGGAUGUCAGAGAGGAACCUGUUUCCUCGGCUCGCUGGUGAUGAAGUCUCUUCCAGGUUUUGCGUUUUAACUCAAUUAUAAAUCUUCAUUCCAUGAAAUACAUAAAGUGUAUUUUCUGUAUCAGAAACGGUCAGUCACCUUUUGUUCUUUCUUCCUUCUCUCUUUGCUUCUCACUCAAGCUGUCGGUGUCAGAAUUGAGGACAAUAAAGCACCAGGAUCUUAAA